AUGGAUAGAACUACACCGCUAUGGGAUGUUAUGAAAACAUUGUGGGAGUGCAAAUAUUUCGAACCUAUUUCUUAUGGAGAACUUUUCACAUAUACGACUGACUUAUAUAAACAGAACCUUGCACCAUUUAAAGAUUUGACAUAUGCUCCAAAGUAUUGUGUACAACUGAAGAAGAAAGCCGAGUCAAAAGAAGUAAAUAAAAAUAAGUGCAAGUUCAUUCCUGAGCACGUUUUCUUUGCUGACUUUGAGUGUAGUACCGAUGGCUUUCAUAAAGCUUUUAACAUAUGUUACGACAGUGAAGAUGGUUCAGUGAGUGAAAGCAUUUGGGGUCAGAACUGUGCAACAGAAUUUUUGGAACGACUUCCUGACAAGAGUUUAAUAUAUUUCCAUAACCUCAGCUAUGAUAUAAACUUCAUCUUAAGACACAUGACAGAAGUGAAAGGAACUCCCAUCAUUAAAGGUUCACGAACAAUGCAAAUAACUGGCUUAUAUAAAGGAAGGGCACUUAUUAUAAAAGACUCUUACAGUGUUAUAAAUAAGAAGCUUAAACUAUUUCCUGCUAUGUUUAACUUACAAACAGGACCGAAAGAAGUAUUUCCAUAUAACUACUACAGCAGUACUUUGUUAGCAAAUGACAACAGAAUUGGUGUCAUUUCUGAAGCUUGUAAGUUUAUCCGGGAUGCAGAUACAUUCAUGAAAAACAUAGAUUCCAUCAAAGGUUGCAGAAUAGAUGAAAACCAUUUCGACUUAGAAAAAUAUAGCACAUUUUACUGCAAACAAGAUGUAAGAAUUUUAAGAGAAGGUUUUGUAAAGUUCCGCAAUGACUUAUUGAAAGAGUUUGAUUUAAACGUAUAUGACUACGUUA